UCAGUUAUUAAAACUUAUAACGUGAAUAUGUUUACUUGUAAAAAUAAAAUAAAAGUUCCUUAAUUUUUUAGUAAAUUUAAUUUUUGCUUUAAUUCUAUACUCUAGUCAAUUAAUAUGUUAAUAUGUUAUGACUUGAUCUGCAGUGUAUUACCAAAUAACUAAUUUAAAAAAUAAUUUUUUUGUACGUUUUGCUUAAGAAGACUUUACUACUAAAAAAAUUAUGGACUUGAAGCAAAGCGAGAGAAAUGAUUGGUGUCAAAAUGACUUUGAUAGUGAUGACAUUCAUCAAUCUGGUCCAUCAGAGUCAAAACAUUCUACUGAUCACUUUCUAAUUGGAGGAAUGAAAUUUAAGAAUAUUGAUUUUAUUAAAGAUUCAUUUGUUAAUGAUAACAUAGUUUUAACUGAUAAUAAUGGUAGACCAUAUGAUGUUCUUACAAAUAGCGAUAUGGAUUCAAUGACGGUUUUGGAUAACCAAUCCAGUGGAUUUGAAAUGACAAAGCUUUCCCAGUCUAGCAUUAUUACACAGUAUAAUAGUAUGUCAGAAGUUGGAACUAUGGUAUCAAUUCCAGAUCAAUAUUUUCAAAAUGAUUUAUAUAAUUUAAAACCUAAUCAUUUAUCAGAAGUAUCUCAUGAUCAUUCAGUGAUGGGAAAUUUAACAAAUGAUUCUUCAUUAGUACAAAUUGAUUCUAUGUGUAUGAUUCAAAAACCAACUAGUACUUAUAUUAAUAAUUUAGGAAAUAAUCAAGAAAUGAUUUUGGACUCUGAUAGCAAUAGAUUUUUGUUUUCUGAAAAUGGAAAUAAUUAUAUUGAGGUUACACUAAAAGAAGGAGAUGUUAUAAGUGGAGUUGAAAAUGGAUUUUAUGUAUUACCACGAACUAGAUCUAUUCAAGGUAGUCAAAUUGGACAAAAAAUUGUUACAAUGGAUGAUCUCAAUUUAUUAACAUCUCCAAAAACACACCAUAAUGUGGAAUUAUUAGUUAACCAUGAAGAAUUAGUGGAUGAUAUUGACACCUGUGAUAUAGCUGUUGUUGAUGAAUCACAUAUACCCAUUAAUAAUAGUCAAAUAAAAGACAGAUUAGAUGAGACCUCUCAGUCAAUUUCUUUGGAUAUUCACCACCAACAUCAUACUUCUGGAUUUCAAAGAAUGUCAAAAGAAGCAAUUGAAAAAAUAGCGGAAGAAUUUGUUAGACAACCCCAGGGUAUUGAAGAAGAUAUCAGUAUAAAUUUCAUAAGUAAAAUAAAUAAUCGGACUGCUGCUAUAUCUAACUACUGGUGCGAAGAAUGCAACAAAGUAUAUUUAAAUGAAACAAGUUGUCCUCUACAUCAAGUAAAUAGUAUUAUAGAUCCUGCUGUACAAACAAGAGCUAGAGCAUCACUGCCAUCUUCUCACUUGAGAAUAAUGAAAGUAAAAUCUAGUGAUAAUAUAAAUAAAUAUGGAGUAUUUGCUCGUAAAAUUAUUCAAAAACGUACUCAAUUUGGCCCAUUAGAAGGAAUAGUUAUUAAAGAUGAAGAUUGUAUGAAUGAAUCCAUAAAUGAUGAAUUUAAGUAUUUAUUAGAAGUCGAUGAAAAUCAGUUUAGAAGAAUCGAUGUAUCAAGUGAAGAUAACUCUAAUUGGAUGUGUUUCGUAAGACCAGCAAAAACGAAGCAAGAUCAAAACAUGCGAGUAGAUCAAAUUGGAGAUUAUCUUUUUUUUACAACCACCAAAACAAUUUACCAAAGAGAAGAAUUACUUGUUGGUUAUAGUACAUUCUAUGCACAUAAACGAGGUCUUCCCAUAUUGUCUUCAGAUAAUAAUCAAGUAAUGUUAACUCAAUUUCGAAAACCAUUUAAACCUUUGAAAGCACUACAAGAAAUAAACAAAAAAACUCACACCAUAGGAAAAUCUCCCAAAACAAAUACGGGUAAAAUAAUAGUAACUACUUGCAAACAUGUAACAAAAAAACGACUAGCGACAAAUCGUCUUGCGAAAAAUAUACAGUGCAAUUUAUGUUUAACAAGCCAAACUAGUUCUAAAGUGCCUUUAAAGUCAAAGCUCAAAACUGAUAAAAGUUUAAGAAACAUUUGGAUGUGUACAGCGUGUGACUUAAAGUUCACUAAACGUGAAACAAUUUUAAUACACAACAAAAUCCACGACGAUGACUUUGAUGGUAAAGAAUUAACAUCUGUAGAGACAAACUGCCCUGAAUGCCAAACCGAAUUCACUCAAGCAGAAGAGCUUAUAAAGCACGUCAGUGCUCAUAGUUUCACUGGUGGAGCUUUAGGUUGCGUGGCUAUUUACAAUUGCCAGCAGUGUGAAAGACGAUACAGAAAUACAAAUCAUUUAAAGGCACAUCAAGCAAAACAUAAAGUAGAUGAAUUGAAACCGUUUAAAUGCAAUAUGUGUGACAAAAGGUUUUUAAACACAGUAACACUUACUUGUCAUGUACGGACUCAUUUUGAAGGAGUUAUUUAUGAUUGUCCAAUUUGUCGAUUAACAUUCGUUGACUUAAAAUCAUUGAGAGAACAUGUUUACACUCACGCUGUCAACAACAUUUUCCACUGUCAAAUGUGUACAAGUCAAUUUAAAACGUACAAAUUAAUAAGGAAGCAUAUACGAGCUCGUCACAAUGGAGUUAAGUUUGCUUGUGAUUAUUGCAAUCGUUUAUUUAACAGCCGUUUCAGCUUAGCCCUGCACAUGUUAAGCCAUUCCGACCAAAAAGAUUUUUUGUGUACUAUGUGUGGUAAACAAUUUAAAAGGAAAGACAAACUUAAAGCACACAUGAAUAGAAUACAUCUUGGGAAAAAAAAGAAUUCUAAAACUAAUGAUAAAAUUUUGGAAGCCAGUAGAACUUCAAAACAGGAUAAACAAGUAAAACUGAAAUCCCCAAAAUCCAUAUUAGAUUACGAGAAUUCCGUGUUUAGAUGUGAUAAGUGUGUUGUGGGGUUUAAAAAAAGAGGAGUGUUCGUUAACCAUUUAGUUUCGAGGCACCCUGAAAUAGACCUCGAUUCGGUUCCCUCGUUAAAUCAGCCGGUCGGGAACACCACUAAAAUAUACGUAUGUUUGUACUGUGACAAAGUUUAUAAAACGAACGCUAAAAGAAAAUCGCAUAUACUAAAAAAUCAUCCCAACUGCGAUCUACCACAAAAACCAACUGAAAAAACUGUUAUUAUUGACAGUGAACCAUCUGGUAAAAAAGUGAAUAAACCGCAAGUCCAUAGUUGUCAGUGGUGUUAUAAACAAUAUGUGCUGAAAGAUAAGCUUUUAAAACACCAGCGGGCAAAUCACUGUCAACUAUUACCCGACUUUCUUCAAGUACCAAAAAAUACGAAAAAGUCUGGAAGCAAAACUAAAAAAACGGAACAAAACUAUGUAACAACUGAACAACACACUCAAACAAUUAAUCUUCAAUUUACAGAUACCGAGGGAUUCGAAUUGACUGCAACUGAUGUACAAUUAGAUAAUCCAAUCGAACCAGGUAGCAUUAUAACAAUAAAAAGAACAAUCAAAGCUUUACAAGAAAACCGAAUGUUAUCUCAAGAAGAUUCAGCGGAAUUUUUAUCGCAUUCAAUUGGUGAUCUGGACAUGACGGAGACGGAGUCGAAAGAUGGUCUUAAUGAAGAACAACAACUUUACUACCGCAUACUUGAAACCCAAGGAGAUGUGGCCUACGUCCAAGCCAUUGAUCCACCACAAUCGACCUCUCUAAUCACUCUCGACGGACAGACUAUCCAACAAGUGUUAUAUUCGUGUGACCCGUCAAUCGAAACUGCGCCAGAUGCCAUCCAACAGCACUCACCCCAACCUUCUACCUCUUCAGAAGUGUAAUCUAUCUACUUCAUGUCACUUAAUCAUAAUGGUUGAGUGAGCAACACAAGUAUUUUAUCGAUGAUAUGCAGUCGAUUUCGGUUGAAUGCAUUGGAAACUUAACUCAUUUUAACUUAUUUUGUGAAAAAGUAAUUUUAUUAGAAUUAUUUCUGUUGACUUUUCGUCGUGUGAUGUAUUCAUAAAUCAUUUUGUGUAUAUUUCUCAAAAGUGAUUGGAACAAGUUCUUAUCGCCAUGAAGUUGUAGUCGUACUGAUUUUAUUAUGUUAAAUUUUAAAUUGUUAAUGAUAAUUCGUAUCAUUAUGAAGCAAAUGUUUUUAUUGAUUUUGUUUAUAAUCUCAACAUUGCUCGAUUCACCAUCUAAAUUCUAUCAAUUCAAGUAUUCCCAAAAACCGGGAACACUUUAGUUAAAUCAUUCAAAUUGUAUUCAUUAAAAUAUUUACUAACUAAUUUAUCUGUAUUAAGUAAAAAUUUUAAUGACUUUUAUGCAUUAAAUACUUUUGAUGACUACAAUUAAUUUAUAAAUUAUUAUAAUUUUAUGUAUGUUAAUAGAUAUAACUUUUUUAAUGUUAAUAUGAAUAAAAAUCAAAGACAAUUGUUGGCAAUUAUUUCU